UCAAUGAAUUCAAGUUGAGAGCUGGCGAAGUGAGUGAGGUCUUGUUGAGAGCGACAGAAUGACAAAUCAGUCGCGAGCGAGCGCUCGUAGAGUAAACAUCGCGAGCAAAUUUACUCUUGUGUCGGAGUUCCACGCCAUUGAAAGUGCCAAAGACCUGAAGACUCUUAUUUGGACCCGUAUGGGAGUCAUUUAGAUUGUGGGAAAUUUAUUGAUUUAAUCAUCGUCAUCUUUAGAGUGAUGGGUGAUCAUGCUUUGAAUUUAUGAUUGGAAGUGAUGUGACAUCGAAUAUGGGUUGAACGAGACAUAUUUCUGUUUGUGAAUUUUGAAUUGAAUUUCGUGAGGGAGGGCAGUGUGUUCAUCAUGUUUUCUCGUAGGACAGCACGGUUCCAUGGGGGACUCCAAGUGGAAAAUUGGUGUGUGCUUCAUUUUUCGAGGGCCUUCGCUCUCAUUUGCUUAUGUGCUCUUCCAUCAAUAUUUGCCAACUUAAGUGAUGUGGACAUCCCCCACCUCAGCCCUCUUCAUAUGUCGAGUAAAUCCAAUAGUGUUGAUGAUGAUAAUGACAUGGUGGACAAGACAUUAAGGGAGCCACCACACCCACUCUCAGAUUGGGACCCCUGGGGUGAAGAUCUGAAGGAGAAACUUCAAACGGAUUACUUGGAGCAAUACGCCGACUCUGCCGAGAAGUUCUUGGGCAAUCAGACCCAUAAGGAUUAUUUCAAGCUCCUCCGUCAAGACGGUUCAACUCUGAUCAUUGGAGCCCGCAAUGUCAUCUAUAACAUCAGCUUGGAGGAUCUCACCGAAAACGUUGAACAGAGAAUCACGUGGAAUCCGUCCUCUAACGAUGUGGCCCUAUGUCUAAUGAAGGGAAAAUCUGAGGAUGAUUGUCAAAAUUACAUUCGUGUUCUGGCACACACCAAAGAUGAUCGUCUCCUGGUUUGUGGGACCAAUGCCUUCAAUCCCAAAUGUCGGUUCUACUCGCACAAUGCCACUCAAGUUCAUGUGGAUGAGGAGUUCUCAGGCCGAGGACUUUGCCCAUAUGACCCUCGCCACAACUCCACGGCCAUUUACACAGAGGACGAACUGUACUCUGGGACCGUGGCAGAUUUUUCGGGAACGGAUUCGUUGAUCCUGAAGAAUCAAAUCAGAACGGAGCAGUACGACUAUAAGCAACUGAACGCGCCUGAUUUUGUGAAUUCAUUGGAGCAUGGUGACUUUGUAUAUUUCUUCUUUCGGGAAUCUGCCGUGGAAUACAUGAAUUGUGGAAAGGUUAUUUAUUCAAGAGUGGGACGAGUUUGCAAGAAGGAUGUGGGUGGUCCCAGGAACUUCCAAAACAAAUGGACAUCCUUCCUCAAGGCUCGUUUGAACUGUUCAGUUCCUGGCGAGUUCCCGUUUUACUUUAACGAGAUCCAGUCCACUAGUCACGUGUUCCAAGGAGACACUCUGUAUGCAGCUUUUACAACAGCUGAAAACUCGAUCAGUGGCAGCGCCAUCUGUAGUUAUGAUCUGAAAGAAAUUAACCGGAUCUUUGAGGAAAGCCCUUUUAAGAACCAAGAGUCGAUUUAUGACAAUUGGUUGCCCACUUCCAAAAAUCAAGUUCCAGAACCAAGGCCGGGCCUGUGCUCCAAUGACUCCACUCGGAUGCCCGAACACAACUUGAACUUUAUCAAGAGACACUCGCUCAUGGAUUGGUCCGUGAACUCCAAGAGCCGAGGACCUUUAUUUAUCAAGACCUCCAUGGGAGAGCGUCUCACAGUCCUGGAUACGGAUCCACAAGUUGAAGCUCUAGAUGGAACUCGAUAUGACGUUAUUUUUGUGGGAACCAACCGAGGAAGGGUGCUCAAAUUGGUGGACUUGAAACAAGACUCUGCCAAGCCUGGGCCCAACUUGAUUGAAUCCAUGCAAGUCUUCCCAGUUCAUAUCCCCGUGAGAAAUCUGAUGGUUGUUCGAGCUGAGAAUAAGUCUAAAUUAGCCGUUCUGUCGGAUCAUGACGUGAAUUCAUUGCCUUUGGAUCGUUGUCAAUUCACUGAAGUCAAUGGUUGCCAAGCUUGUGUGGGUCUCCAAGAUCCCUAUUGUGUCUGGGAUCUCACCACUAGCUCAUGCAUCGACCAUCGAAGCUCGCCCACUGAACCGAAAUACUUGCUCCAAGAUGUCAACACUGGAAUCAAUCACCGAUGCCCGGCUCCAAUUCCAAUCACCACUGAAGAAGUCACGAGUCCCCCCACAACCACUGUGGAGGAGCUGGAGGAAACCACCCUUGUUCCAGAAUCUGUGACUUGCACUUGUCCUUGUGAAGAGCAAUCGGCAACGGAGCAAUCGCCUAUUAUAAAUGAAACCACUCAAAGAAUUCUGACAUACUUUGCGCCAUUUUUUGAUGACGAACACGACAAUUUCAUAGACGUUGAUGUACAGCACAAAGGAACAGAGAUGCCAGCAAUUGAGGGAGACCUUGUAUCUCACCAUAGCGACUCGAGUGCUCAAACUCAUUUGCACUUCCCCCAUCUUCUUUCUAUUGAUGGACCUCGCUAUGAACCCGCACAAGAGACUGGGUAUGACUUGCCAAUCUUUAGCGAGAAGACGUUUGCCAUCUCGAUUUUCUUGAGUAUCCUCACCUCGCUCUCCAUUGGAUUCGUAGUUGGAUACUUCUUGGCCAAUUUCUGGAACACCCAACAACGAAGCAAAGCAUUCGCCUCCUCCUCGGAUCUCUAUUCGCCGACCAAGAUCCUUCAUAAAAGGAUAUCAAAAUCAAACAGCACCGCCUCUUCUUCAUCGGCAUCCACCCAGUCUUCCAACCACUCGGGCACGCCCCCAUCUACAACCAUGACAGAAGACACCCCUCUCCCCAGUCCCAUGAGUACUCCACCCCUCGGAGUGUACGCCCAUCGAAGCGUGGGCAGUCUUUUGCCUGAGGUCAAUGAGCAGACAAGCAAAAACCUUGACCAGACCUCGGCAACCUACUUUUAUCACCAACAGCGACCUCAUCUGGUCAAGUCUCAAUCCACUUUUGGGAUCAACCAGUAUCACCCGAUCCAUUCGGCCACAAUCAACCCCACGCUGAUCCGGAAGAAGCCGGACCAUUCGUCCGGAUUGCUCCGUUUGAAUCCGGUUGGUUCCAGUAACCAUCCUACUCUUCCUCGAAGGAUCUCUUUAAAUGAUCCAAAUGGCAUGAGAAUGAUUCAGGGAUCGGCCAUUUCCACUAUGCCGAGACGCACCCAAAGUCAGAGUGGGAAUCAUCUACACAUUUAAAUUUUAUAAGUCCAAUAACCUCAACAGAUCUUGUCAAAAAUGUUUGAAGUCAUGAAUUGUGAGAUGAAUGAAGAAAAACACAAUGGUUGUUUUUUGAUUUAAAA